CAUUCCGGAUCUCUCUAUGCUUAGACAAAACAAAUAAUCUUCCUCAUUUAAAUGCCUCUUGGUCCCCUCAUUUCUCUUCCCACAUUAGCCUUAGCCUAAAAAAAGAGUUUCAUACUUUCUCCCUUAGGUCAAUCAUAUCACAAAAGCUGGAAAACUCAAAGAAACUUUUCUUUUCUUUUCCUUCCCAAAUAUGAUGAUCAAUAACCAUGAAAAUAAUUACACAGAGAAAAUGCAAAGAUGCCAACAAUAUAUUGAUGCUUUAGAAGAAGAACGUAACAAGAUUCAAGUUUUCUCAAGAGAACUUCCUCUUUGUCUUGAGCUUGUAACUCAAGCUAUUGACACAUACAAGCAACAAUUAUCUGGUACGACAACUGAGUACAACCUUAAUGCACAAUCUGAUGUUGAAUGUUCUGAGGAACAUACAUCUAGUGAUGUUCCUAUUUUAGAAGAAUUUAUUCCAUUAAAAAGAACAUUUUCUCAUGAAAAUGAAGAAGAAGAUGAAGAUGAACGUGAAUCUCAUAAAUCAAAGACGUAUAAUAUUAGUGAUACAAGUUGUUCUAAGGAUAACAAGAACAGUGACAAAAGUUGUAAAAAAUCUGAUUGGCUUAGAUCUGUUCAGCUCUGGAAUAAUAAUCCAACCCCAGAUCCUACCCCAAAAGAGGAAUUAAAACCUAAGAAGGUGGCAGUGGUGGAGGUGAAGAAAAAUGGAAGUGGUGGAGCUUUUCAUCCAUUCAAGAAAGAGAAAAGUGCUCCCGCCGCCAUCGAACCACCGACCUCAGCCGUUGUUUCAGCGGCGGCAGCUAGUUCCACGGCGGAGACCGGCAGUGGAAGUAAAAAAGAAGAGAAAGAUGAAAAAAGAAAACAAAGGAGGUGUUGGUCUCCUGAAUUACAUAGAAGGUUUUUACAAGCCCUACAACAACUUGGCGGUUCUCAUGUUGCUACGCCAAAACAAAUUAGGGAACUAAUGAAGGUGGAUGGACUUACUAAUGAUGAAGUUAAAAGUCAUUUACAGAAAUAUCGAUUGCACACAAGAAGACCUAGCCCUUCAUCAAUUCACAACAACAACCAACAACCACCACAAUUCGUGGUAGUCGGAGGAAUAUGGGUUCCUCCGCCCGAAUACGCCGCGAUGGCCGCCGCAGCACCAUCAGCUUCCGGCGAAGCAUCGGGAGUUGCCAAUUCUAAUGGAAUUUAUGCACCCAUAGCCACCUUGCCAAAGGGUCCCAUCCAUGAUGUAUCAGGUGGAACCCUAAAACAAAGGCAGCACAAUAACAAGCCGUCGCGCUCCUCCGAGCACGGCAGCGGCAGCCAUAGUGAUGGCGGCGGCGUACAUUCUAAUUCUCCGGCGACUUCUUCUUCUACACAUACCACCACUGCUUCACCAGUUUACUGAAAAGUGUAGAAAUUUUUGUAAACUUCGGUUCUUGUAAUAUAUUUUUGUUCCUUUCUACUAUUAUAAAAUAGAGUCAUAUAGAGUUAUUUUUCGGUCUUUAGAAAACUUGUCGUAUUUAUUCUUUUAUAUUUUCUGUGAUAUCUUUUGAGGAUCUUAGACGCAAUUUGACAGUGACAGAUUUUGAAUAAUAUGGUGGGUUCCCAUUGUUUUGGAUUA